AUGUCGGGAGGACAUCUAUCGAAGGACUUCUUCCAGCUUAUAAGGGCUAUCGGGGAGAGCAAGUCGAAGCAAGAGGAGGAUAAAAUCAUACAGGGCGAAGUACAGGUGCUCAAACGGAAACUGCUAGAGCCCAAUAUCUCCUCUAAGAAGAUGAAAGAGUAUAUGAUCCGGGCUGUUUAUGUGGAGAUGCUCGGUCAUGACGCUUCCUUUGCCUACAUCCAUGCGGUCAAACUGGCUCAAGAUAAGAACGUAUACAGCAAGAAGGUGGGGUAUAUGGCCUCCUCCUUGUUCCUAAAUGGUGAUGAUGAACUUAUGUUACUGCUGGUCAACACCAUGCAGCGGGACUUGGGCAGUUCCAACUUCCUAGAGACCUGUGCCGCCCUGUCGGCGAUCACACAGCUGGUCAAUGCAGAGAUGAUCCCGGCUAUCCUGCCUUUGGUCACCAAGUUAUUGACACAUACUCAGGAUGCAGUGAGGAAGAAGGCCAUUAUAUGUAUCCAGCACUUUUUUAGACUAUCACCAGACUCGGUGGUUGAUGAUGUCCAGCAAGAUGUCCGUAGAGCUCUGUGUGAUCCAGAUCCGGCAGUGAUGGGAGCUAGCUUGAAUCUCCUUAGGGACAUUAUUCGUUACGAUCCCGAGUCCUGCAAGGACCUGGUGCCAUCUCUGGUCAACAUCUUGAAGCAAAUCAUAGAGCAUAGGUUGCCGAGGGACUUUGAUUACCAUCGUAUGCCGGCCCCCUGGCUGCAAGUGAAUUUAGUGAACCUUCUGGGUAUGCUGGGAGAAGGAGAUCAAGAUGUGAGCGCCCAAGUGUACGAUAUAGUCCAGGAGACUAUGCGGCGUGCUGACACCGGCGUCAAUGCGGGCUACAGUGUUGUCUAUGAGUGUGUUAAGUGUGCUGCUAAGCUCUACCCUAGCCAUACCCUCCUCGAACAAAGUGCUGCGUCAAUCUCCAAGUUCCUCCAGAGCGACAGUCACAAUCUUAAGUAUCUAGGAGUGACAGGACUUGCAAUGAUUAUCACAGUGAACCCUGAUUACGCUAGAGAGCAUCAGCUGAAGGUUGUGGAGUGUCUAGAAGAUCCUGAUGAAACCCUAAAGAGACGUACACUGGACCUCCUCUACCGCAUGACCAACCCUGCUAACGUCAUUGUGGUAUGUGCUAAGAUGCUACAGAAUCUUCGUUCGUCCCAUGACGUCCACCUCCGCAGGGAUCUGGUCCGUAAAGUGGGGUCCUUAGCAGAGCGGUAUUCGCCAUCUAAUCAGUGGUACGUUGAGACCAUGAACCAGGUCUUCACUCUAGCCCCGUCUCUGGUGCCGUCAUCACUACCCACCUCCCUCAUGCGUUUGGUGGCGGAGAGCGGCGAGGAGGAUCCUGAGUUCCGAGUGUGGGCUGUGAACACCUAUGUGAAGAUGUUGGCUGCCAGCUCGGAUGACUUGCCUGAUGUUCUUGUUAGAGUCGUGGCUUGGGUGCUAGGCGAGUACGGGUGUAUGUGCACACUCAGUGGGUAUACCAUUGAUGACAUAAUAGACCUUCUGGCUCAAGCAGUGGAUCGUCCAGCAUUUACUGAGGCUAGAGUAACUCGAGGGUAUCUAUUUUCAUCGAUGAUGAAGUUACUAAGUCAGGAGCAACAGCAGACUACUGCUACGCCUUCCGUUGACACUGUCCGACGAGCCCUCCGCAAAUACAGUACUGACCCGGACAUGUAUCAGAGGAGCCUCGAAUACCUCAAGAUCCUGGAUGGCUCACCUAACCUGCUACCGUCGGCCUUCCCGUAUGAUGAGGCCAACUAUGAGCGAUCAGACUCUCUCAUCGACGUAUCCCUAUCCUUCCUUGAUGACAUGGUGGAUAGGGCAAUAGCGGAGGGCAUGAAGGAAUACGGUCGGCCUAAUGUCGUAGAGUAUGCUGGUCAAUCGCCGUCGUCUUGUUCGUACGAAGAGCGCCACUGGGGGCCCUCUGGUCUCAACUUCACGCCUUAUAGUGCGCCUACUAAGCCGUCCCACGCCCCGUCCAGCCCUUACCAAUCCGGCUCUGCCCAGUCCCAAGCAGCAGGUGGUCUUAGAGUGAACGCUCCAAAGAAGUGGGGUCCCAGCGGCUUCAACGCUCGAAAACCCUCCGCCACUUCGGAGGAGGUCGUCCCGACAGCAAAGGCUACUGCCACAGUGAGCUCUCCCGAGCCAAGUACGAGGGCACGGCCUUCCGUGGCUUCCGCCUAUCCCAGUACGGAUGAGUUACGUCGUAGAGCCGCACAAGAGAAGAUGGCGGGCGCCUUGUUUGCUGGUAUUGGUAGUAGCCCUGCUCCACGACAACCCAUGGCUGGCUCGAGAUCAGUGGUGGGGCAGCCAGGAUAUUCACGGUCUAAGGAGGGAGGUGCAGGGCCGCAGGGUGGUGCUGAAGCAGUUGAUCUGUUGGACCUUUUUGGGACUCCUACUGAUCAUCAAGAGGCACAGCAAGCUACAGCUGAAGCUGCGGCACCAGUGCCCACUGCCUCACCCUUGGAUAUAUUGUCUUCUAGUGAGGAUGACCUGUUGGGUGGCAUGGCCUCAUCGCCGUCUGUUCCGGAGGCCCCGGUGGGACAGGGUGUUGGGCAGUUGGACUUGUUCGCGCCCUCUCCCGUGUCGCAUGAGGCUACCGAAGUGAAGUUGAGGCCUCUGGACAUUACCAUCGAGCAGCUUGGUGGGGACUGGCAAAAGCUGCAGGGGUCCUGCGAGAUACAGAUCUCUCUAUCCCAUGUUCCGGACGUGUCCAGCAAGUUGACUGGAAUUGUCGGCUUCCACCUGGUGGAGGUGAUCGGGGAUGAGCGGGUCUUUGCUGCAAGCACACCCUCAGGGGAGAUGGUCUUUGCACACUGUCGGGAAACAGCCUCACACGCGGAGUUGAUCCUAGUGGCAUCGUCCUCAGCAGCAGGAGCUCUGGCACGAGAGCUCGUCGAGAAGGCUACGGGGAAGCCUUCGAGGGCCGAAGCAGCAGUGAAAGCAAGGGUGACUGCCAGCACGCAGACUACCGAUGUCGACGGUCCUCACCCUGUAGCACAGAGGGAUAGUAUAACGUCUGCCGCUGGUACGACCGCCGUGUUGGGGCCUGAUAUACGCAGUGACGCGGGUAUAAGGAAAUUGGCGUCGUCUCUGACAAAGCUCCCAUUGGGGGAAAAUGGUCGUAUGAGAGUGAGGCGAAUGAUCGGACAAGAGGUACGGAAGCACCCAGAGUUGAGACCAGUGGUUCGGUCCAUAGGGAAAUUGAAAAGCGCGAGUAACGCGGCCCUGGUGGAGAUGUGUAUUGUCACCAACACUUUGGAUGAGGCUAGGAAGAUCUCCCGAGCUUAUUUGGCACGAAAGGCUGGCAAGCCGACUAAGAGGGCAUCUCCUAUGGCCGCCUUGGCCUCCCCUUACAAUCGGACAUCUGAGGCCGAAAGCUGUGGUUUGACUUUGAUUGAACGUUUGUUUGCUGAUAUACUAUCCCAUGGGGCUCGUCAGGAGGCUGAUACUGCUGCUACUGCUUCUGCUGAGGAGGUGGAGGUGGAGGAGGGUCUUUUUUCCUCCCCUGCUCCUCCUCAUCCUCCUUGUAGUAGUGUUGAGAAGGAUGCCACUACCUGUACUAGUGCUUCCACUACUGACUCUAGCUGCUGUAGUGGGACUAGUCCGGCCUUGACUAGUGAGCCCGAUGAGACGAUAGUCCUGCCUGAUGACUUUCUUUAUGGAGUUAAUAAGAAUGACUCCUCCUCCUCCUUGUCAAGACCUCCAUCGUCCUAUAUCCCUUUGGUUACUGUAGAUAAUUUCGACUUCUCCUCGUCUGAGCUUCUGUCUACCAUCAAUGUCGGCAACAACAACAACAACACGGAGGUUCUCCUCCCUGCUGCCCAGCCAGGUGGGGAGUUGAAGAACCUCUAUCCUAGAGAGCAGGGAGAGGAGCAACACCAGCUUACCAGUGAUAGCGUCAUGCUUGAGGGAGGCGGCGGUUCCUCUGCUCUGAUGAGAGUAUAA